AAUGCUCACUCAUUCCCAUCAAUCUUGUUGCAGAGGAUAUAAUGAAUCAGUUUUAGAAGAACAACCAUAUAUGAAAAAUCACCCUUUUGCCUCUGAAUGGAUUUGGGCCAGAGAAGGAAAUGGAGGUCGUAUAUUAUCUUUACCCAACGAUGCCGACGUGCUUAGUUUCUAUUCGCUCGAGGCGAGUGGACCCAUUAACAUUCGAUUUUCAACAUGGCCAAGUUUAUGUCUUUAUCUUUUAACACCUAAUUGCCGUAUUCAUGCUAUUCGGCAAGUUCUAUUAGCGAAUAUCACUUCCGGAACUCCUGACGGAAAGCAUUUAGUGUGUCAUAGACAAGUGAAGCAUUCGAAUGGUCAUUUAAGAGUCAACUACGCCGUUCUUCCCUUCCUGCCAAACUAUCAUACAACUGCUGCCGUUUGGUUAUCCUUCAGCGAACUAGCUUUUAUAUUCACUCUUGUACUUUUAGCUUGGCCUCGUUAUCCUCUUGAGAGGAGUUUAAUUAGUACCAAACAAAAAUGCAAGAGGUCAGUCGAUCAUAUUUUGUACGAAAAUAUGUCGAAAGGCUACAAAGCCAUCUUACAAAAGCUAACUUACGGCGACAAUAGAAACCAGCGCCAUCUACUGUCUAUAAAGUGUUUCCCUAUCGGAUGUAGGAGGAUUGGUACUCUUCUCAGAAACUGCCUUGUUCAACUACCUGUUUUAAAUGUUUGUUUUUCUAUUGCAUCAAACCAGACUACAUAUUUCCUUGGUUCGCCGAAAAAGACUAGGAAACAGGCUUGCGCCUGGCCCGGUUGGUUUCUCAUUAUUAAGGGCAUGGCCGCUGGCAUCCUCUGGUUUAUGCACAUUAUCUUAUUAGCUGGUUAUUGUACAGCCGUAUGGCUGAUCUGUCAGCUAACGUUAACUAUAAUGUUAUAUACAUGUAUUGGAGGUAUUCUUCACUCAUCAACUGUUCUCCCCUGGAUUGUAGCUAUUAUAGUAGCCAUAUUCUAUCUAAACGAUAGUCUUUCUAAAGUAAAUCAGGAUCAUCAGUUAAUUUUAAGGUUAAUUGAUGAAAAUUCGCCAAGAAUAUCAGCGGCUGAAGAUUCCGAACAGGAUUUUACAAAACGUGAAGACGAUAAUGGAGGGUUAUUAAGAACGCAUAAUUUAGGAGCUGUUAAGUUUAUCGAUGGCGAGAGAGGGGAAUACGUUUCAAAAGAAUUAUAUUAUAACGUUUGCGAAGAGCUUAAGUAUGGUUGGAAAAGGUCCAGCAAAGCAAUAGCUGUCAGAAUGAGCAUAUUACUACUGUUUAUUGUCUUCGUAUUUGGCACGUGUUCAGUACUCGGCUCCCUAUUCGAUGCGGGGGUUAUUCUUAGUGUUGUAGCAACAAUAGCAUCUUUAGUGCCGAAAUUAUGCGAAUGCUGGAAAGAAAGGGGUAAAGAAAAAGAGAAAAAACUAUCAUGGUCCAAAAUGAUGCCUGUUAUACUCGACAAGUAUAUCAGAGUAGAUCGUACAGCUUGUGCGGACGAAGAUGAAACGGAGCUAAGUACGUACGACGUCCGCCCUGUUGGCCUAUUGGAAAUGGAUGUGCCAAAAGUAGUGGAAAUGCGUUCUUUACGAUUAUGGAAAUUUCCAUGGUUGGUUUCAGCCGAUCAACAAACUCAGUCAAACGAAGCUUUUGUUCUAGCUCUCUCUAAUAAAUUGGCAGCGGCAACGUUCCUUUGUAAAUUCUUUUCUAGAGCUCAAUUAUUGGAAAUCGAUUUGGACGAUAUUCAAGUUAUAAGACAAUGGUGUUUACUUAUAGAAAAUUGUAUUUUAGAGGCGGCUAGCAAAGUGUCAUCCGUCGAUGGUUUACCUAUCGAUUCUAUCCGACUUUUUCCGGUUCAAAUGCAGCAAUUAGUGAGUGAAUUUCCAGCCGGAAAUACGGUAGACGCUUUAGUCGAUUCUUUGAAUAGGCAACUUUAUGAUCCAGUUACGAGAGCGUUUCUUUUAACAAUUGGUAAUACAACUUUCGCUCUAAGUAAAUUGGAUAAUACACUUUUUGCGUUCAAUUCGAAUUGUCACGGAGAACAAGUAACCGACCUUUUCGGCGCAGUCCUCCUCACAACGGAAUUUAAUACGCAAAAUUUACAACUAGCCGUCAAAUAUUUAAUAGACCCUUAUUCUCCUGACGCAGUACCGGUCUAUUCUAUUGUUCCAGUUGAAGCCUUUCUACUUACUUCACCCCCAGUUACACCAUCUUCCAGUUCAGGAAAUAUGGAAUCUUCAAUUGCGCAGCAAACUUCUCUGUGA